AUGGCUGAGGGGCAGCAGGUGGGCCCCGUCGCCGCCGACGCCUGGGAGAUCGACGUGGAGAGCCUGGAAGAGCCGGAUCAGCUCGAGCGGCCGUCGCCGGCGGCGCCCCGCGCGCCCUCGCUACAGUCCGCCGGAGACGACGAGGAGGAAGACGACCACCAGGACGACGACGACGAGGAGGAGGGCGAAGAAGACGAAGGCGACGCCGGGGCAGCGGGCGACCUUCUCCGGCUGCCUGGGCUGCCGCAGGCGCAGCUUGUCUCGCCGUCGCCGGCGGCGGAGGAGAGAGGCGUAGGCGGCGGGGAGCAGCCGGUCCGCAAGCUUAGCCGCACACCCAAGUGCGCGCGCUGCCGCAACCACGGCGUGGUGUCCUGCCUGAAAGGCCACAAGCGCUUCUGCCGGUGGCGGGACUGCCAGUGUGCCAACUGCCUGCUGGUGGUGGAGCGGCAGCGCGUCAUGGCCGCCCAGGUGGCGCUUCGCAGGCAGCAGGCCACCGAGGACAAGAAGGGACAUACAGGGAAACAGGCUAAUUUUGAGCGCAGAACAGUGUACCAGAGACAUGUUCGGACACCUAGUUUGCUGGCUAAAAGCAUUUUAGAAGGUUAUCGUCCCAUUCCAGCCGAACCUUACCUAGGAGGGAAUUCGUCCUUGCCACCACCCGUCAGUGACAGAAUGAGAAAAAGACGGGCUUUUGCUGACAAAGAACUUGAGAACAUAAUGCUUGAGCGGGAAUACAAGGAACGAGAAAUGAUGGAAGCCACCCAGGCUGCUGCCUUCUUCCUGCCAAACCGCAUGGUACAUGGGCCCGAGUACAAUUCAUACAAGAGUUUUAACCCUCAUCAACUUGAAGCUUCCAGUAAGGAGUUUUGCAGUUUUCUGCCUACCUGCUUAGAUCUGACUAUGCAGUAUUCAGGCUCGGGGAACAUGGAACUGAUCUCAUCAAAUCUGAGUGUGGCCACCACCUACCGGCAGUAUCCUUUACCCUCUAGAUUCUUGGUGUGGCCGAAGUGUGGCCCUCUCAGUGAUGCCCUUCUCUAUCAGCAAUGCCUUCUAAACGCUACCACAGUCCAGUCUCUCAAACCUGGAGUAGUUUGGGACAAUAAGGCUUCACAUGGCCAGGAUUUUCCCACCUCUGAACACGAGAUCACAGUGUCAAAAAAUGAGAACACCUUCCACCAUCCUCAUGUUCAAGAACGCGAGACACCUCAAAGUGAGCUCCAAAACAUCUCUCGGGAGGCUCCUGAGAGAUCAGCGUUUUCAUCUCCCAAGAGGACCUUUCCACAGAUCUCUGGCAAAGAUCCUAUAGUUCAUCGGGACCCGUCUCUCAGCAAGAUGGGCAAAGAAAGCAACAAGCAGCAUAUGCUACUGCCACCUUCAUCUAAACAUAGCCCUUUCCAUUCAUUAUUCCAACAGACGCUUCAGAGCAAAGCGGGAUCAGAGUUAAAAACCACUUUUGAUGAGGCAUCCAAGAAAUACAGAGAGUGUACCUUCAGAGAAAACCCAAAAUACAAAUUCAGCAUCGACAGAUAUGCAAAAGACUUUCUGGAGACUAAACAAGUUGUGACAAAAUUAACCACAAAUGAACCGUUACCUUUUUCUGUUGAAUCAAUUCUUAAAUGACCAUCUUCAGUGGUCACUAGUGUUUCUCAAUAGGCCGACAGUGGGAUCUUCAAAACAAAUAUAUUGGCACUUAGAAUUGAACUUAACCACAUGGGCCAAGAAGCAAGUCCCUUUGAAUUUAUUAGAGAUUUCUUCUAGGCGCUUUAUCCAAAAUACACUUGAAAUAAGUUCUUCAGAUUUUAUUGAAACCGAUUUCCAAUAAACAGGUUUUGAACUCCAACACAGCACUAGUAUCAGUCGAUUUCAGAGCAGCUGAGUUGCCCAUUUUGGGGAAUUGACUAUUCCAAAACUUUAACAAUUAUUAAUAUGCUGUCUGACAAGCGCAUGUCCACUGCCUUUUGCCAUCAUAUUU